CCAUGGGACUGCAGUCUAAGCUCUUUCGCCUAGUCGAUGCCGCACCUCACCGAGCAAGCAGACGAUAAUAAGUUUUGUUAAUGACCGUUCGGACUGCGUUACUAACACAAAAGUAACCUCACUGGAGCCACAAACCCCCCCAAGAAGAAAAAGAAGAAAUUUUUUUGUUACUUACGAAACGUGAAAAUGCUCGGCCAAAUUGUUCGACCCCUCGCUCGACGUGCUUUCCAGAGAGUGGGAAUGCAGGUACGCAACGAUUCUCAUGGCCAUUCCAAUUUCAAAUACCCAACUUUUGACGAAUGUUGUGUUCCGGAGGGGUCAUGGCAAGAGAACUUCAACAGAAUGCAGAAAAAGUACAAUACUGUAUUGGCUGUUGGUCUUGUGAGCUUGACUGCCACUAUCACCAUUAUUCUCCAGAAUGAAUUGAUCUACUUCAACUAUGUUCCACCCAGAGUAUUGGAUGUUUCAGAUUUCAGAAUUGAGAAAUAAAUAACAAUAUUAAUAGCCACAAUUUUAUAGUUCAUGUAUGUAACAAGAUGUAAUAACAUGAAAAUGAAAUCUCGUAAAUAAAUGUUACAUCUUAUAAAUAAGUUUAAAAAAUCCGGCUUCAUUAUGUACUUUAUUUAAAGGAAUAAAAUCGCUUGUAUCAUAAA